UUCUCUUGUGACAAUCCGGACAGAAAGGAAAAGCCUCUCUGACUUCCAGCUGAGUUACAAGGUGCUGCGAUGACAGAUUACUGUUGUUUUGGUACCAAUGGGCCAACUGCAAGUGGGGAAAUGGAGUUAAGUUAACCAUUACCAGACUUACUCAAUCCAUUCCUGUUUUCAAACUGGACAUUUGGUAAAUAUUUGGGGUUGUUGCGCCGACGGAGUCAAAGUUGGCGCAUGGAGAGGGACGAAGUUUCAUUUUUGCGCAGCGUCUUUUCUUUGUUUUUGUCAGCACUACGUGCCAACCAACGUCGCACGGCUUUCCGGGCAGCGGAAACAAAAUAGCUGAAGUUCAGUUUUUGACCCUUUCUGUGGCUGGGGUAGCGUUAAGUUAAGGGCAGAGAGCGAGACAACUUGAGGACACAUUACGACGGGUGAGAUGGUGGACAGCAAACCCCUUCUUCAGGACAGACCUCCCGCCUACAACGCCGUCCCCGGGGCUUAUGAGUGCGGCCCGCAGCAGCAGCCGCACGGCUAUGGGGCCAUCCCCCAGCCGGCCCCGCCGCCGUACCCGUACCCUGAUGUCCAAGGAUACCCGUCAGCCCAAAUGGGCCCUGCCAUUGCCCAGCAGCCCUAUGCUGGGACUUACACCAUCAUCCAACCCUCUGUAGUGGUGGUGGGAGGCUGCCCUGCCUGCAGAGUUGGUGUCCUAGAGGAUGACUUCACCUGCCUGGGGAUCCUAUGUGCCAUCUUCUUCUUCCCCCUGGGUCUCCUUUUCUGCUUCGCACUGCGUCAGAGAAGAUGUCCCAACUGCGGCGCCACCUUUGGCUAGAGGGACCAAACCACGACUAGUGCACCUGCUCGUGAUCUUGUGCAUACACACAUACACAUAAUCCAGCAUUUUUGUCUUUUUAUUUUGUUAUCUUUUCUUAAUAUUGCACAUUGCUGUUGCCAUUACAUAAUGUACAUCAAAUGAUCAAGUGAUAUUACCAUAAAUUAUGAUGAGUUUUUAUUAGAGGAAUUCGUAGUCUCAGUGUGUUUAUCUGCUAGUUGAAGAUAUAUUCUAGCAUAUGUAAGUGGCCAGCUGUUGUCAGUGCCUUCACUACAUGCUGAGUGGUCAGAGAUUCCAUCAGUCAUGAUUUCGCCUGUAGAUUUCGCUCAGUCAUCCAAGCAACUGAGCAGAUUCCUUCUUGUUUCGUCAAGCCAGAAUGAACAUGUAGUUCUAUAGGAUUUUUUCUUCCUUUUUUGUCUUUGCUGGCUCACUGUAUACCUUUUUGUGUUUAACAUUGUGCUUAGCAAAAUUGUACCCACCACAGCAUCCUCAUAGAUCACUGAUGUAUUUUUUUUUUUCCAGAAACCCCUUUUCUUGGGAGGGUGGGGGGCUCAGUGUGAAACACAUGGAAAAACACGUACAUGUUUAAAAUACGACAUGUAAUGAUCCUUGGACAUGAACUGUGCUGGCUGAAGCGAUGGACUUGCUUUGGACAGGAAGCCUGCACCACUUUGUUUGUUUUUGAUUAUUAUUUCUUGGGGCCAUAUUUGCACUCACCGUUUGUUUGAUUCUUCUGCUGGGUUGUGCUUUUCCAGGGCCAAUGCAGACCUCAGGUACAUACAAUCUGAAAUGCCCUCGACUUUACAACCUCAAUCACUGUUUGACUUCGGACUUGUACCUACUUCUAAGAGGAAAACUUUAAUAGGAAAGUGAACACUGCUCCUUUGAUAUGUGGAGUUUCACUUCAAGAAAGCCUCCUGAGAGUAAAAGCUGAAGAAAUCUCUCAAUGUGUAUAAUCUCUUGGAUUUUUAUCUUAGUACUCUACUCUGUGACAAGUCACCCUGCCCCAUUACUCCCAACCAGACAAUCAAUGAGAACGUCCAUGUCCCUGUGUCUGCAGUAUCUCCAUGUCAACGUCUUCCAUCGCAGAAACAUGUUUUCUAACUGUCCAAGGCAGAAGAAAGAUAACUUGGUGGACAGGAUUAAAAAAAAAAAAUCUUCUUGCUUUAGAAAACACACUACGCACGCUCUUAUGAUUGAGGUUCUUACUUUUUAUAUGAGUUACUGUAAUUAAAAGUGAAUGCUAAUUA